AUGGCCCUUGCCGUUCGGCAAGGGCAUGAUUCUUUGUGGGCUAGGUCCCUAGAGCUAGAUCAUGGAUUGGGAGCUCAGAAUUUCAUCAAAGAGACUAGGCUCGGGAGGCUGGCUUGGGUGUCUAGAGCAAAUCAUGGCUCCUCUGUCUUGAGUUGGUUCCAAGUCUUGAGCAAGCUGUGUAUUGGGGCUGGGCUUAGCAAGUUUGGCUUUGUUGAUAAGCCUCCCCAUUUGGUUUUGCAUGGUCCUUGCCGUUCAGCAAGGACCCUGGAAGAUGUAUUGAUGGUUGUUGUUGUGACCUUGGAGCUGGGCCGUAUGAAAUUUCGUGGAGCUGGGCUCGGGAGGCUGGGUGCCUUGAUCAAAAUUUUUGGUUUUUAUUUUGCUGUGCUCGUAGAGGCAGGUUCGGAGCUGGGCCACCUUGGAUUUGUUGGCAAGAAGUGA